AUGAUGGCACAUUUACCUAAAACUAUAACUUUACCACAUAAUUCAGUUCUUUUCAGUAAUAGUGAACAUCAUCAUGAAAUUGGUAGCCAUGAAAAUCAUUCACAUGUUCGACAACAUCGUCAAUCAUCACGCUAUUCAUUUUAUCAUCAUGGACAUAAUCAUCAUCGUAUUCGAUAUGAAAAUACAUAUCGAAUGGAACCUAAUAAUGAACAUAAACUUGAUUUAGUACAAAUACGUCGUGUUGCAAUAAGUAUUAUUGAAGCAGCCAUACUUAAUUAUGAAUAUAAUCCAGAACAAGCAACAAAAUUUAUAGAAUUAUUAGCUGAACAAAUACGUAGUCGAAUGAAGCAAUUACAUUUUCCACGUUAUAAAAUUAUAACACAAGCAUCUGUUGGACAAAACAAAGGUCAAGAUUUACGUAUGGUUAGUAAAUGUAUAUGGAAUUCUAAAUGGGAUCGUCAUAUAACAAUUACAAAAGAAACUUUUAAUGAUUUUAUAACUGUAACAAUUUUUUUCAUUUAUACAGAAUAA